AAAAAAAAAUAUCAGGUGAUCCUCGGUUCGACGAUCUGAAUCAUAUCGUUCACUACUUUGACCCGUUCAAAAGAUCCGGUUCGUUCGCGAAUCACACUUUUCUACAAAGUACUGUCGUUGUAAUUAACGGUCGUAGUAAUUGGGAGUACACUGAGCAAGUUUGUGAUUGUUCAUUGUUUUUGUUGACAAAAAUUCGGAAUAAAAAUCAAACGCAGUGUCUUAUUAUGGCUCGCAGAGGGAAGAGGCGAAAUAUGUCCACGAGUCCCGUGGCCCGUAUUAUGAACCACAUGGUUGAACCGGAUAGUCAGAAUAAGAUUCCAGAAAAAAUGGACGUCGUGGAAGGUAAAGAAACAAAAUAGUUAAUUAUUUUUGUAGUAGUGUUCGAAUUCUCAGGUUUAUACAAUGGAUUUUAUAUUUACUCGAUUAUUUUCGAUCCAAUUUUUAUUAGUAUUGCCUAUUUAAAACUAAUUUCGGUAUAAUUUACGUUUUUUUUUUUUUUGGAUUAUUAUGAUACUUGGUAGGAACAUUUAAAAGAUGUAUUAUUAUUACAUCUUGAUCCCUGCUGUCCUAAUCUUUAUACAUAUUUUUUUCGGAGGGUGAAACAUAAUGAUAUACAGACCUUAAAGUUAGUUCUGAGCUCUUUGUUUUAAAUACAAUUAACACUAAAAACAACAUAAAUGAAGUCUGUUGAGUUUUGAGAGAGGAUUCCAUUAUCUUACUGGAUAUAUUGGUCAGUUUUCUAUUACUGAAUUAUUUUACUAUAAAUUUGUAGGCAUUUUAUUGUAUUUGAAAACGGUGUGUGUCCAGUGUUAAGCUUUCUUAUCUUUUAUUCGCUAAUAUAGACUCAAUCAUGUAUUCAUUAAUAAUAAGCUAUUUCUGUCUAUUGUUAUUAUAAUAACUGAAGAAAUAAAGAUAUUAUGCUCAAUAAGUGGAAGGGACAGUUAUAUCUAUACUUAUUUUAUUUUAGAUUUUGUUAACAGCCAAAAUCUGUGAUAAGUAAGAACAUAAUAAAUUAUAUUAUGAUUUGAACUAUAAACUUAUAUUAUGGGUAUAUUACCUUAUAUUAUCAACUAUUUAGAACAGAUAUAUAUAUAUUAAAAUACUGUAUAGGUACUGCACAAUAUGUUUUGAUAGAAUGUGCAAACUUUAAAUUUACUUGGUUAUUUAAAUUGAUGACCUAGGAAUUUAUAUUGGAUAUUUUAAUAUUUACUAGAAUGUUCACAUUAUUCUCAUGCAUGAUAAGUUAUUAUUAAUAUUUAAAAAUGUUUGUAGCGUGUAAAGAAUAAGAUCCCAAUAUUAGGUAGGUGCCUACCUAGAUUCAAAAUAAUAAAACAUCAGAUAUGUAUAUAUAUAAUUGUAUCAUUUGUAUACGAUGUAAACAAUUUUCUGAAAAGAAAAUUUUUCUAGGUGGUACUUUGAGGAGGUAAUUUUUUGAUUUUCCUGGCAGACAAUGAUUCUAGUUUGGCAACCUAUCGAUUUUUUGUUUUUUUUUUUUUUUCUCAAAAUGUAGGUUUUUGGGUGUACAUUAAGAAUGUAAAAAUAAAAGUCUAGCGAACUUCGUUUGGAAGUUAUAGUGAAAACUUCAUGAAGUUUGGGUUUUUUGUUUUGCGUAUUUCUUUGUUAGAAUUUAAUAUUUUUAAAUAUUUUUAUUUUACAAAAUGUGAAUUUUUUUAUGUUCAAUCCAUUGGUAUAAUCAAAACUCAUCUAUCAUACUUUUAUAAAUUUUGUAUUUGGAAUAAGAGAUCCAAUGUGGUUACUUGGUCGCUGCACUCACUCAGGCAAUUUUAAUCGAAAAUUGUUGUUAUCUAUAUUCUCAUUCAGUAGCGUAGCUAGGAUUUUCUGAAGGGGGGUGUUAAUUAUAAACAUUAAAUAUUAUAUAUAAUACGUACAAACUAAAACUUUUAUUUUAAUUAAUUAAUUAUGUAUACAUAAUGUCUGUAUGGUAUUAUCAAUAGAUAAUAAUGAAAAAAAAAAUAUAUAUUAUAAAAUAAAAUCUGUUCGUCGUUUUUGAUUGAAUGACAAUUUUUGUAUUACUUCUUUUACUGUUACUUCGACUUCACGAUGAAUAUUUAAAGAUGCUAAUCCAUUAAGUCUAAACUGGCCAAUAGAAUUUCUAAGACAAGUUUUUAUUCGUUUUAAUGUAGAAAAACUUCUUUCAGGUUCACAUGAUGUGACAGGCAAUGUUGCAAAUAUUUGAAGGAGUUUAAAAACAUUUGGAAAUAGGUCUUUAUUGCAGUUAUCAAGAGCGUUAAGAACACUUUUUAUGCUUAGUUUUUCCAAAUGUGUAUGCCAUAACUUUACCUCUGUUUCAAUAACUUCUUGAUCAAUAUCAUCAGAAUAAAACUCACUUAAAUCUUUGAUAGCUUGUUGAUUAUAAUUUUUAUUAGAAAUAAGAAAAUAAAAGCCAGCUAUAAUAGUUUUGUGGUUUAUAAAUCAGUCAUUUAAUUGUUGCACUAAAUUGUCCAGAAAUGGAAGGAAUGCACUUAUUUUAAAAUAUUUUUCAAGAUNACUUCUUAUACUUUGGAGUUGAGAAAUUAUUAUAUCUACAUGAUUUAAAGCUUGAAAUAAAUCUAUGUUUUGUUUUUGUAAAUAUGUGCAAAGAUUUUUUGUAUAUUGAAAUAUUUUAUAAAUAAUAAUAAGACUUACAUUGAAUUCCGAUGUUUGAAUAGCUGAAAGUAACUGAGCUGCUUUUGAUGAUGUUUCAGUAUUUGAAUAUAGUAUAAUUUCUUCAAAACAAGAUAUAAUUAUGGGUUGAAAAUCAUAAAAUACAUCUAUUGAAUUGUGUCUUUCAGUCCAUCGAGUAGGACAUAGUCUUUUUAAUUUUUCUUUUUGACUUGAAAAAGAAGUAUCUUCCUUAAAUUUAUUUAAAUGUUUUGUAAACUCAAAUUGUUGCUUUGGAGUAUUGAGAAAUGCAUAAAUGCUUUCUAGUGUCCCCAUAGCAUUUCUGAUACUGGGAACACUACAAGCAUAUGAUAUAGAUAGGUUUAAGUUAUGUGCACUACAAUGAACAUAUAUUGUGCUAUGAUAUGACUCCCUAAUACAAGCUUGAACGCCAUUGAAUUUGCCACUCAUAGCUGCAGCCCCAUCGUAUCCUUGACCUCUAAGAUAUUUAAGACGAAGACAAUUCUGAUUUGGCAGGUUCAUGUUCACUUUCAUUAUUAAUACUAAUCGUUUCAUGACGAUCCCUUUCUACUUUCUUAAAGUAAUUAUUAAUACAUCUUUUCAUUUUAAUUUAAUCACACGUAAAUAUUACUAUUUAACAAUAUGUAAUGAUAUAGAUUAAAUAAAACAAUAAGAGUUAUAACAAUUAAACGUGAUUUACCAUUAUGUGAUUUACAUAUAUCUUCACAGUCAAGACUCGAAACUGAAGACCGUAUUUUAUAUUUCAUAUUGUAUUUACCUAUGUUCCUAUUUUAUUAUAUAUAAUAAUGUAUAUUGUAAUAUAUAUGUAAUAAUAAUGUAAUAUAUGAUAUGGCUCAAGGGGGGUGUCAUAUCCACAAAACACUCCCCCUUGUAUACGCCACUGUUCUCAUUGAUAGUAAUAUUAUUCGUACUAAUAACCUUAAAAUAUAUAAUAUAACUAUUGUUCUUUUGUUAAAAUAUAACAACUACUUUUGCAUAAUCAUGCAUGGUUGUCGUGUGUCUUUGUGACUUUUUCUCUCAGUUAAUUUAUGUAUACUAUAGUUAUACUACAAUAGGUUAUGGGCAAAAAAUGUGAUGACAACUACGGAGUUACACAAUUUAACCGUACAAAUUUCCCAAACUGGAAAUUUCGGGUGAAAAUAUUGCUUGAAGAAUUUGGUGUGAAGCAAUGUGUUUCAAAAAACUGUCCAUCGCUUGCGAAAGAAGAAGACAAAGAAAAAUUGCGUAAAAAAGACAAUAAAUGUAAGCCACUUAUAGUUCAAUGUAUUGCUGAUAGUCAUUUAGAAUAUGAUGUGGUGGGAAAGAAUACAUCAAAAGAAAUUUAGAAUUCACUAUUAAAAACUUUUGAGCGAAAAGGGGUCGCCAAUCUAUUGUUCAUGAGAAGGCGAUUAUUGACUAUGAAAUAUAUUGGUUAAAUAAAUUUAGAAAGUCAUUCUGUGAAGUUUGAUGAGAUAACACGACGACUCAGAUCUGCAGGAGCUAAACUAGAGAACGAGGAUAUUAAUUGUUAUCUACUACUUACUAUGCCUGAAACGUAUAACAAUGUAGUUAUAGCAUUAGAAACUCUUUCACCAGAGACUCUUAAAAAUUGAAUUCGUAAAAGGUUGUUUACUAGAUGAAAAAUCAAAGAAAAGUAAUAGUAUUAUAAAUGAAGAGUCUUCCUCUGAUAGUGCAGCGUUUAAUGUAAAGAAUACUGGCAAAUUUCCUUUUGAAUGUUAUAAUUGUGAUCGAGUUAGACAUAAAUCAGCUGAAUGUUUCUCAAAAAGAAAAUGUUUUAUAAAGGAAAGAACAGAUCCAAAGAGUUGUGUAAACAAAAACCGAUAGCUAACAAUGCUUCGAAGAAUGAUGACGGAAGUUGUUUCCCAGUAACCACAUUGUUAACGGAACAAAAUGAAGAAUUAAACAAAAUAAUACGGUAUCUUGAUUCAGGGAGCUCCGAUCAUUUAUUUAACAGCGAGAGAUAUUUUUCAUCUCUGAAAGUACUAGAAAAUCCAAUGAUCAUAGGUGUCGCUAAAAUUGGAGAAAAUCUAACCGUAAAAAAAAUAGGUACAAUAAAUGCAUACAGUCAAGUAGAAAGUAUAACUAUUUUAUGUAAAUUUAAAAAUGUAUAUUAUGUUUCACAUUUAAGAUAUAAUUUCUUGUCUGUUGGUAAGUUGAAGAACUUGGUUUUAAAAUUUUUUUUGAAAAAAGACAAGUAAGUUUGUUGAAUUAAAAUCGAAAUGUAAUAGCAAUAGCUAAAAGAACCCAAACACUAUACAAAUUAAUUUUUACUCUAGACAAUACUCGAGAUAAUAGCAUAAUGUCAAGAGCUGUGUCCAGGUAAAUAUUGACGGAGUAUUAUGGCAUAAAUGAAUGGGGCAUCUAAAUAGAGAUUAUUUGAAUAAAUUGAAGAAUAUUGUUUUUGGAGUUCAAUUCAAUACAUCAAAGAUUAAACCCCAUAAAAUCGAAAACAUUGAGGUAAAAAAGAAAUUCCAAGAAGAGCUAAGGAUUUGAGAAGAUAAGUCAGUUCUUAUGAACGAAUUCACGGCUGAAGAGGUCUAAAACGCAUUAAAAUCUGUGAAAAAUGGAAAAGCUACUGUAGUAAAUGGUAUCCUCCCAGAAUUCCUUAAAAAACUAGGACCCCUCUCAGCAUAAAUUAGAUCGCAAAACUGGCCAGUAAAGUAGUAGACACUAAUGUUCUUCCAAGAUUCUGGAAGAAUCUUCAAGUAACCAAAGUGAUACCUAUUUUGAAACCCAACAAAGAAGCCAUGAACCCAAGAAACUAUUGUCCUAUAUCUUUAUUGUCAACAAUGUACAAGCUGUUUGAAAGACUCCUUCUAAAGCAUUUACAACCACUCUUAGAAGAAUCCAUACCUAUAGAACAAGCCGGUUUCAGGAAAAAUAGAAGCUGUUGUGACCAAACCCUUGCACUAGCAACGCACAUUGAAAAUGGUUUCCAACGGCAGGAAAAAUCUGUCUUUCUGGAUCUGUUAGCUGCGUAUGAUAUGGUCUGGAAGAGAGGACUGUUACUAAAACUGUUUAAAAUAAUAAAAUCUAAAGCAACGAUAAGACUACUGGAGAACUUAAUCUCUGACAGAAAAUUCAGCGUAUCUCUGAAUUCAUAUAUAAGUCUGAGUUGUGUCCCAUUACAAAGUUCAAAGAAGGAUUAACAAAACUAAACAAGGGCAGGCCAACAGCUAUAAAAUGGCUUGAAGAACUUAAAACGCGUCUGUGAUUUCUAUUUGUUAUUAGUAUUGAUGUUAUUAUAAUUUAUUAUACCUACUAUAAUCUACCAUACUAACAUUUUAUAUAUUUUAUUACCUGUUUAAUUAAUUGACUAGCUAUCUUAAUUAUUAUAUUUAUUUAUUUGUUUAAUUUUUACCAACUUAAUCUAUCUAAAAAUAAGUCGAACAUGUAAUAUGCAAAUAUAAUAUAAUUCAAUAAAAAGGAACUACCUACAAUUUGUGAAGUUUGUAUGGAGAGCAAACAGAUUAGACAGCCCUUCAUUCUAAGAAAAAAUAGAACGCAUCCACUAGUACUGUGGACCACCGUUAUUUAAUUGAACCUUGCCCAGCCGCAAAGACCUCCGGUCUCGCAGAAGAAAAGUGCGAAAAGCGCUCGUAGUAUUCGGCUGUUUCUCAUACAUUAUAAUAGUAAACACUGCACGUGCAAACGAAAAUUGGCUGAGGCACGGUAUCUCGUAUCGGUCGUUUGCACAUACGUGGUAUCUUUAUAAUGUAUAGGUGAUACAAAGUGAUAUAUGAGGUUCAAUCAAUCCAAUAUCUUGGAAUGGUAUGAAAUACAUUUUAACAUUUAUUGAUGAUUAUACACGAUUUAAUGUAAUUUAUUUGCUUGAGAAUAAAAGUGCAGUACUUAACUACUUUAAGAAAUAUGAAGCAGUUGUAAAUGUACAUUUUACACAAAUAAUUCAAUCAUUAAAAAUGUGAUAAUGGAGGCGAAUACACAUCUCACAAUUUCAAGAAUUUUUGUGCGCAAAUAGGAAUUGUUGUGAAUCACACUGCUCCAUACACUCUUGAGCAGAAUGUUUUAGCUAAAAGAACUAAUCGUACAAUUAUAGAAAAGAUCUGAUUGUUACUAUUUCAAUCGGAGUUAUCUAAAGAAAUGUCGAGUGAAGCAGCCCUCACAGACACAUAUUUACUAAAUAGAUUCCCAACAUCUAAAAAUUCAAGUAACACACCAACAGAAUUUUGGAAUGGUUAUCAACAAAAUUUAUCAAACAUUCGUGUUUUUGGGUGUGCCUCAUUUGCCCACAUACCUAAACAACUAAGAAGUAAAUUAGAUUCCAAAUCAAGAAAGAGCGUUAUGGUUAGUUUUGCUGAAUCUAGUUUUAGAUUAUGGGAUCCUGAAACCAGAACAAUUUUUGUAAAUUGUGAUGUAAUUUUUAAUGAAAACAGAAUGCUUAUAAUUGCUUAUAAUAUCUAUGCAAGAUAAUCAAAAUAUCAGUAAAAUAUCUGAAGUAAAUAUAAGAGACGAUGAAUCUGAAGAAGAAGAAAAUGACAGAGAAGAUGAGCAUAAAGAAGAGAUCAAAGAUAUCACCAUGAUGAAGAUAGGAAGAUGGGAAAAUAACAAAACUACACGACCUAAAAGAAAAGUAACAACCAGAAAAAUUUAAAGAUUAUGAUAUGGCAAUGUGUUGGCUUAUCAUCAGAAAAUUAUGUACAAAAUUUACCCAAAGAUGCUGAUGAAGUUCAAGUUCACCCAGAUACAAAUUGUUGAAAGAAAGCAAUGCAAGAAGAAAUUGACGCUUUAAUAGAGAACAAUACAUGGUCACUGGUUCCAAAACCCCAAAAUAAAUGGAUCAUAAAUCAUAAAUGGAUAUUCAAAUUAAAGUUGGAUGAAGAAGGAAAUCCAUUAUGGUACAAAGCCAGAUUAGUAGCUAAAGGAUAUACACAAUUAAAAGGUUUUGAUUAUACUGAUAUCUACUCACCUGUAGUUAAUAUCAUUACAAUACGAACUCUACUUGCAAUAGUAAAUCAAAAGAAUCUACACCUCAUUCAGAUGAAUAUGACUACAGAUUUUCUCAAUUAUAUUUUAGAGGAAGAGCUUUAGAUGAAACAACCUGAUGGUUUUGACCAAGAAAAUGAUUUGGUUUGCAAAUUACAUAAAUCACUCUAUGGUCUUCAACAAUCUUCAAAUUGUUGGAAUAAACGUUUUAAUAAUUUCAUAUGUCAACAAGGUUUAACAAGAAGCAAAUCCGAUCAAUAUGAUGUGCUGGUGGUUGGCAAUUCAAUGAAGGAAGUAAACAAUUUCAGAAAAUUAGUGAAGAAUUCAAGCUAACAGAUCAAGGGGAUGCAAGAUCUUUCUUAGGAAUUAAAAUUAAACGACAUAAUAUUUUAAAAAUGAGUCAAACAAAAUAUCUUGAAAACCUACUGCAUAAAUUUGGUAUGAAUAAAUAUAAACCAAUAUUAACACCAAUGAAAAAGAAACUAAACAUUUGAAGAAAAAGGUAAGAACAAGUAAACCAUAUCAUGAACUUGUGGGAAUUUUGAUGUAUGUGAUGAUUCAAACCAGACCGGACCUUAGUACAGCAGUCAAUUAUUUUAUCCGACAUCAAUCUAAAGCCACUGAAGAUCAUUUUAAUUACUUGAAAAGAAUAUUAAGAUAUUUAAAGGGUACUAUUUCUUUUGGAAUGACCUACAUUAAGAACAAUAACAUACAUCCACUUCAAGGUUUUGUUGAUGCUGAUUUUGCCAAUGAUAUUGAUGACUGAAAAUCUACUUCUGGAUAUCUUUAUCGAGUUUUUGGUUCCACAGUCAGUUGGUCUACUAGAAAACAAUCAACUGUAGCCUUGUUAUCGACUGAAGCAGAAUAUUUAGCUUUCGCAUCUGCAAUUCAAGUAGGAAUGUGGCUGAAAAGACUUCUUGUAGAGAUGGAAAUUAUCACAGACAAAGAUUACAUAUUAUUGCAUGAAGAUAAUUAAUCUUGCAUCAGAAUAGCUAAUAAACCAAAGAAACAUCUGAAUACCGAAUAUAAUUUUAUUCAUGAAGCAAUCUCAACAAAUCAAAUUGAAUUAGAAUAUGUUCAAACAGAUCAUCAACUGGCAGAUAUUCUAACAAAACCAUUACCUGCCAUUACAUUUUCAAAAUUAAGAAAAGCGAUUGGAUUAGAAUAACACUUAAUUUUAUUUUAAUAUGUUUGUAUAUUUUUUUUACAUUUGAGAUUAAGAGGAAUUGUUGUUAUCUAUAUUAUUAUUGAUAAUAAUAUUAUUCGUACCAAUAACCUCAAAAUGUAUAUUAUGACUAUUAUUCUUUUGUUAAAAUAUAAAAACUACUUUUGCAGAAUCAUGCUUGGUUGUCGUGUGCCUUUGUGACUUUUUCUCUCAGUUAAUUUAUGUGUACUAUAGUUAUCCUAUAAUAAAAAUAACCUUUGAUUUUUGUGCAAACCACGUUGGGUAGGUAACAAGGAAAAGUAAAAAAGCAUUAUAGGUGAAAUUAGAAACCCAAUGUAGUCAUUCUCUAUUUUUCAAAAUGUAUGUACAAUAACUAUAAAAGUUAGCAUGAUAGGUAAAUUUUGAUUAUACAAAUAGAGUAAGCAUUAAAAACCAUACAUUUUAGAAAAAAAAAAUUUGCUUAACUAAAAUUAUAUCCCCGGUAGUUUUCUCAAUAAAAAAAAAAGAUUGGGGAAAAACUGGAAAUUUUGCGAAAAUAAUGCUUUUAUUAUUUGUUGUAAUUCAGUUAAAAAUAUUCGUAGAGACUUGAAAUUUGGAUAAAAGGUUUAUAUUUACCUUUUCUAGACGCUGUGAAAUUUUUAAAACUAAGCCAUUUUUGAGCUGUUUACAGACAUUUUAAUUUUCCGAGUUUUAUACGAAAUUUUUUAUUCAGUAGGUGCUGUGUGCCUUAUGGUAAAAUUGUUGGACUAAACAGAAAUUCGUGAAAAUUUAAUAUGACGUCUUUUAAAAAAAACAUUUGAGUUUAAUGUAGUAUUUUUUUUAUAAAGGCAUUUUAAUAUCAAAUUUUGACGAAAAUCAUUAGAGUAAAAGAAUUAUGUGGAACAAAUCUAAUUUUUUAAUUUUUUGUUUUGAAUAUAUGUAUAUUGCCGAUUUAAGAACGAUGGUGAAACAAGAAUUGAAAAGACUGGCAUAGUUUCGAAAUUGUAGCUUUUUGUAGUUUUGAUUUGCGGAUAUUAUAUAUUAUGUUAAAUAACUCUUUAUUGUCUAACAUAAAAAAUAUUUAUAGUGGUCUAAUGGUUAAACAUGCCUAUUAUCAUCCUAGGAGGUCCCGAGUUCAAAUCUGGGUUUAGUAUUUUUUUUUUUUCCAUUUACAAGGAAAAAACAAAUAUAUUUUGGGUCUACCUAGAGUCCUAAGCCAUCGCUCACUCGGAAUAUUUUAUUGCAAAAUACCCCUCGAUUUGUUGUGCAAACUUUUCUAUCAGAAUUCUUGCUCCGAUGUAUCAAGUGUAGAUUAUUUUCUAAAAGGAAAUUUUAUCUACAUGGUAUUUUAGGGAGGUCAUUUUUGAUUUUGCAAGCGGUUUUCAUAAUAUCUGGAAAAAAUCGGAGAAAAAAAUGAAGGAAAAACGGAAAAUGUACGAAAUUUAGGUAUUAUUGCAUUGAUUUUAUAAUAUACAGAUAAGCAAUGUCAUAGGAAUAUAUUUUGGAAGGUAAGGUAUUGUCUCAAGUUUCAUUAAAAUUUGACAGGUAUCGUUAUUGUAUUCAUUGAAAUUUGUAAACUAGUUAUUUGUGUAGAUUUUAGAUGUCAAGUGCAAACUAGCUGUUGCGUGAUGCGACUGUUGAAUUAUUUUUCGUCUACUUGCGAAUAUUAAAAUCUAAUCAAAUCGACUAUAAUAAUAUUUUUAUUGUUAUUAUUAAUUAUUUUGAUAUUUUUAUUUACUCUACUACGGACUGUCUACGAUCCACGGAAAGUUAUGAUUUUAGGUGUCUGUGUGUUUGCCUUUUCCUUCAUAUAUCUUAUAAUAAUGGAGAGAUUUUUACAUCUAAGAUUUCUUUGAAUUCGAUACAAUUUCACGAGUGUAAUCUCGCUAAGUACUUUUCACCGCAUAAAGUGUAAUUAGGACUAAAUAAAGAUUUAAACAAAAUCUGUUUUGUUUUUUUUUUUUUUUUUUUUACAUUUUAAAAUAAAAAUAAGUUACACAAUGAAUUUUAAUAUUCUAUUUUCUAAAUGUUUUUGCACUAUAUACAUUUAAAAAAAUCACAAGUCAUGAUCGUUAAUUUUUGAACAUAAUAGUUUUAUAACAAAUUAAUACAAUAUUAUAUUAUAACAAUAAUUAAUAUUGCUAUAUACUUGAUUUUUUUUCUAAGUGUGUUUUUCAUUUAUUUUUUUAUCCACUUUAGUUCUCCAAAGAGCUAAAACAAAAUUAAAAAAGAAAAAAGAAAGCACACAUUAAAUUUCUAGCGUUCUCCCAACAUUUGUGUUUAUAGGAACUUUUCCAUACUUUGUGCCAAAUUUAAAUUUGAGUUUAAAAAAAUGAUUAUGUAACUAUGUUAAAAGUAGUGAAAUAUCAUUAAAAAAGAAUUCCAGCUAUUACUUGAAAUUCAUUAAUGGGAAUCACUCAGUUAAAAAUAUUCUUAAACAUCUGUGCUUCUAUGAUUCGGUCUCGUUUAAUAAAUAGUGAGCUGCUGAUCUUUUGGCUUCUUACUUUUUCUUUGUGUAUUUUAAUGAUCAGACUGAACUCAAUCUUGAUGAUUUGACCAUCCCAUACUUCAAUCUACCUAACAAUGUUUCUAUCAGUGUUGAUGAUGUUUAAUUGCCUAUCUGUGUUUCAUGGUCUAUCGUAUGUUGCCCUGAUGGUCUCUCCGAUGAGUUUCUUUUCCAGCUAAAAUAUAUUCUCUCUUGCCCCCUUUAGAUAAUUUUCAGUAGGUCUUGAAGGCAUGCAUUUUCCCCUCGAUACUUAAAUUUAGUUCUGUUAUUUCUAUUUUUAAAUCAGUUUAUCCUUUUUUAAUUUUAAAUUACAGACCUAUUUCAAUCCAAUCGCAUAUUGCAAAAAAUAUUUGAAUCUUUGGUUUUAAAAGAAAUUCAACGUCCAGUUUAUAAUAUUAUAAUGGAGGAACAACAUGGGUUUUGUUCUGGUCGUUCCACCACAAUAUGCAAUCUAAUAUUUAAUAACUUAGAUUUUGAAUUUUUUCAACAUGGGUUGCGAGUUGAUGUAAUAUUACAGUCUUCAAUGAAGCUUUUGAUACAGUUAAUCAUAAGGUUUUGAUUAACAUUCUUAGCAGUUAUGGUUCUCGUGAGUCUUCGUUGUCCUGGCUUUCUUCAUAUCUUAAUGAUCAAUAUCAAUGGGUCUCUGGAAUCAAGUCCAAUCUAUUCUUAGCAUCUUCUGGUGUUCUUUAAGGAUAACUAUCCCCCCUAUUGUUCUCUCUUUUUGUAAAUAACAUCAGUCAUGUAUUGUGUCAUUCUCGUAUUCUCUGCUUUGCUGAUGAUUUUAAAAUUUGUUUACGUUUUUGUUUUAUUGAUGAUUGUUUUCAUCUCCAAAGUGAUCUGGAUAGGUUUGUUGAUUGGUUUGAAAGUAUAGGCUUAUCUUUAAAUAUAUCUAAAUACAAAGCUAUAACUUUCACAUUUAGUCGUUUAUCAACAAUCCAUUCCUUAUAAUAUUUUAAGUGUUGAUAAAUUCGUAAUUGAUUUUGGUUUUAAGCUUACCAACUCACUGAUUCCUGAUUCCAGACAUGUCUUCUUGGUGUUUAUCUUCAAAUUGUUUGCAAUUACUACCCUUUGAUGCACAUAUUAAUGAAUAAAUUCAUGUGCUAUGAAAUGAUGCCCUAAUAAUUUGAGCAUUUGGAUUUCUGUUAUAGCCUCCUUUUUGUCGAAAUAUUGAAAAUGAGUUUUCCUGAUUUGAACGAUUGGUUAGGAUAACACUAAUACCGUUUUUUUCUCAUCUUCAAAUAGUUUUAAUAUACCAUUAAUACUUUGAAUAAAUACAUGUGUUCUGUGUACAACUUUUCUGCCUUUGCUCUGAUUUACAAUGAUGGCACUUUUUGUUAAAGGAAAUCUGACUAGUGAUUUACUUUAAGGAGGUCAUUUUUUUGAUUUUCUCAGUAGUUUUCCCAAUAAAUAGGGGAAAAAACUGAAAAAUAGAUAAAUUAAACAAUAUUAAACAAAUAAUAUCAAAGAAAAUAUAUAAUUCAUCUGUGGACAUAGCAACACUAUCAACCGAACUCUGCUUAGGAUCGUUUUUUUGUUAGCAAUGGUUAAUCGUUGCUUACAGAUAUACAUUAAAUUUCCUAUAAAAGUAGCUGUACCACGUCGCCAUUAUCCUAGGAUAUCUUUUUAAUUAUAAAUAUAUUAGGUAAACUAUUGCAUGUUUUUAAUUUUAUUUAAUAUUAUUUAGUUGAAUUUUAAAUUGGACCUUUGUACCUAAACUAUUAGCAUAAUAAACUUGUAUUAAUUACCUUUUUGUUGUAAUUAUACACUUUUUAGAUAAUUCACGACCAGAAGCAACUUUCCAAUUUGUUAUGGAAAAUUUUAGUGAAUUAAAAGAACAAAGAAUGUCACAGCCUUUCUAUGUUCGUAAUCUACCAUGGAAUAUAAUGGUAGUACAGAAAGAAGUGAGAAAAUCUUGGAUAGAACCUAGUAUGACUGCUGUUGCUUUUUUCCUUCAAGUAUGUAUUUAAAAGGAAAAAAAUGUAACAUUUAAUGUACCCAUACUUUAAUUAUAAUAAUUAUUCCACAAAACUCUGUAAAAUCAUUAUCUUUUAGUGUGCAGUUGAUUCAAAAAAUACUCCUUGGAGUGUUUAUGCAACAGCUCAACUUCGAAUCCUAGCACAAAAAAAACGUUGUCAUUCCUUUGUACGAGAAAUACAGCAUAUAUUUUGCGAACAAGAGAACGACUGGGGAUAUCAUUGUUUCAUGUUGUGGAAAGAUGUAAUUAAUAAAUCCAAAGGAUAUAUAAAAAAUGACACAGUUAUAUUUGAAGUAAGUUAAAAUAAUUAAUUUAAUUAAUAAUUAUUUAUCUAUCAUUCAGUAUUGAUGCUUUGUGUUAUACUGUAUUAUUCCAGUAAUAACAUAAAUGUAUAAUAUUAAUUAACGAUAAAUUAUUAUUUGGUAUCAUUACAAAAUUAAAUUGUUUUUGACAUUAUAUUAUUAUUUUAAUUAGUAUUACUUCUAUUGUAAGGAGAUAAGGAGGACUUCAUAGAAAAAUAAUGAAAUUCAAAUUCUUGGAUAUUUCUGAGAAUAAAAUGGAAUUUAAAUAUUGUUGACACAUAAGAAGAAAUUUUUAUAUUAUUUAUUUGUAACCGAAGCAUAAUUAAACGUUUUUAACAAUUUAACAUAAAUGUAUAUUCUCAUAAUUGGAAUAAAAUUCUAGGUUACAGUGAUGGCUAAUGUAGCACAUGGUCUAGAUUGGGAUUCCAAAAAAUAUACCGGUUACAUAGGCUUGAAAAACCAAGGUGAAACAUGUUAUAUGAACUCCCUUUUACAAGCAUUAUAUUUCACAAAUCAACUACGAAAAGUAAUUAGAUAUUUAUCUAUGUGUAAUACAAUAUAUAUUAAUUUGACUGACUGUUUGAUUUUUAUUUAACAAAUAACUUUUUUUUUAAAUUUAGGCUGUAUAUAAAAUGCCUACUGAAAGUGAUGAUAGCAAUAAAAGUGUAACAUUAGGAUUACAACGUUUGUUUCAUGAUCUUCAAUUGUAUGACGAACCAGUCGAUUCAAAAAAAUUGAUCAACAAUUUUGGAUGGGGAAAAGUUAAUUUAUACAUACAACACAAUGUUCAACCAUUUUUAAGAAUUGUAUGUAUAAUACUUUUUUUUAACAAAUAUUUUUUAAUUUAUUAUAAUUUUAUUUAAUUUUUAAUUUUUUUAGUUGCUUGAUAAAUUGGAUAACAAAAUGAAGGGUACAUGUGUUGAAGGAACAAUAUCAAAGUUAUUUGAGGGUAAAUUGAUUGUAAGUUAAUAAAUUCAAAUUAUAUAAAUAUUAAUAUUAUAAAUAAUUUAAAUUAAUGCUAAUUUAUAAAUGUUAUUUUUCAGUCAUAUAUAAAUUGUAAAAAUGUUGAUUGUACUUCCACGAGGACUGAAACAUUUUACUCCAUUCAACUAAACAUUAAAGGAAAGAAAAAUAGUAUGUUACCUAAACAUUGUACAUUCUGAGCGAAGCGAAGAAGCUUAUAGUUUUACAAAGAUGUCUAUAUAUUUUUUUUUUUUAUCUGUUAACUACUUUUUACCAGAAGUCUUUCUCGUCUGAAAGGAUAGCACUUUUUCUGAAAGGAAAUCGGUGUGGGGAGAUACUUUAGAGAGGUUGUUUUUCGAUUUUCUCUAGACUUUUUUCUUCAAAUUUGAAAAACUAAAAAAAAAAAAAUGGGAAAUAUAAGAAAUGUAGGUAUUAGUUUAAAUAUAUUACGUCCUUUUUUCUGUGAAAAACUUUUUUACUAGCAAUUUUGCUCUAACUUGUAAUGAUAGCAAUGUUUCUAAAAGAAAUUUUACUAGGGAGGUACUUUAGAGAGGUCAUUUUUCAAUUUUCUCAGUUUUCCCAGCAAGUGUAAAAAACCUGGAUAAAGCAUAGGAAACUUAGGGAAAUUAGGAAAAUCAGUACAACAUUUAAAAAAUAUUAAAGAAAAUAUAUGACAUAUAGUUGAAAAAGCAUUACUAUUGAUUGAACUUUGCUCAGAAUCAUUUUUUCGUAAGCAAUGGUUCAUCGUUGCUUACAGGUAUACAUUAAAUUAUCUAUACCAGUGGCUGCACUCGUCCCCAUUAUCUUAGGACAUCAUUUUGUAUAGUCUAUUAGUUAUGAGGAGUUGAACCUUUUUCAAUUUGGCAAAUCUCUCAGAUGUUUUAAUUAUUAAGAAAAAAUAAAUAUUAUUUCUAUCUUUUGAAAAUGCUAUUUUGGAAAAUACAAUAAAUGAAUUUUGACCAUAAUUGCCCAAUUAUUUUGUCGAUUUAAAAUUACGAAUAAAGGUUUAACUUAUCAUUUAUUUAAUUAUAUAAAUAAUAAAUAGUGUGUACUAUAAGAAUAUUUGUAUACAUUUUCUAUAGUUUAUAAGGCAUUCAAUGAUUAUAUUCAAGCUGAUAUUCUUGAUGGAUACAGACAAUAUCAUGCUGGAGAGUAUGGUUUACAAGAUGCAGAAAAAGGAGUUAUUUUUGAAUCAUUUCCUACUGUAUUAUAUUUACAUCUUGGGCGUUUCCGUUUUAAUCCAUCUACAUUAAGUUUUGAUAAACUCGAUGAUAGGUUAGUAUAAAAAUAAUUUUUUUUUUAAUAAAAAUGUAUAUAAUAUUAUAUUAUAUUAAUAAAAACAUUUGCUAUGCUAGAUUUGAAUUUUAUGAUAAAAUUAAUUUGGAUCGAUAUUUAAAAGUAAAAGAAGAUACUCCUGCUAAUUAUAUACUGCAUGCUGUUUUCGUUGAAAAUGAUUAUAACUACGGUGGAUAUAAUGUUGUUUUUAUCAAUACUAAAGGAGAUGACCAAGUAUGUUUACAUUAAAAAGUAAUUUAAUGUAAAUUAAUAAUUUAACUUUUGUGUUUUAUUGAAGUGGUAUAUAUUCGAUAAUGAUGUUGUAUCGAGAUGUUCUAAAAAAGAAGCUAUUGAGCAUAAUUUUGGUGGCAAUGAUAGAAAUAAGGAAAUUAUGUCAAUCAAGCCAUGUAAAAAUGCAUACAUGUUGGUUUACAUAAGAGAUUCUGAACUGAAAAAUGUUCUGCAAGAAGUUACAGUUAAUGAUAUACCAAAAGAAGUUAGUAAAGUAGCCAAUACAAAUUAAUUAUUUGGUGCGUGUUAGUUUACGGAUAUAAUUUUAUAGUAGUUUUUUACUAUAUUUUACCUAAGUAAAAAAAAACAGAAUAAUUCCACUAAUAAUUAUAUUAUAUAACCUCACUUUUCACAAUUUUGGAGUUACUGCACUUCUUGAUAGCAGGGCAGUAUUGUGUCUAUUUGAAAUAUCUUACAAAAAUAAAUAAAAUACAAAUACUAACUUUUAAACUAGUUAGUAAAAUUCAACUUCUUCGUCUAACCUAUAGGUUAGACUAAAAACUUCUUGUUGGUGAUAGUCGUUGUGUUGAUAUCGAAUGAUAAGUAUUAGGAUUUUCUGUAGUUACUCAUAUAUUUAGUUUUACAUUUAAAAAUGUAUUAUAAUUUAAUAGCUAUCUUAUUAAUUUAACUCCUACAGUGAUGUUGAAGGAAGUCAAACAAUGGAAAUUUUGUCAGUUAUCUACUAUUGAUGUGGAGAUAAAAGAAG